CGCCAAAACUGGGCUUCUGGCGCUGCGGGACGCCUUGACUGGUUCGUCACCAGCACGGAUGACCCGGGAGCGAAAAGACGCAGGUGCCGGCCACCAAGCAGGAUCGCUUCCCAGCACGGCCGUCAGCCAUGGACGCCUCCUGGCCUAGAUUGCGGCCAGCGAUGCACGCGGAGGCACACCAACGCUCAACGGGCAUCGAUACGGGCCCAAGUCCACGCCUAGCUCAGCCGUCCUAUUGGAUUCAUCGACCGGUGGCGACUUGGCUUGCUGCAUUGGGCGUGCCCAUCGUGAGACUGGGCGCGAGCCUUUGUGGGCUCAUCCUGAUUGCGCAACCGGCCACGUUGUUGGGUGCGGAGACAGUCGCAGCGCCGUUCGCUCUCAGUUCGCCAGUGCGCAAGCCAGCUCGCGUCUUCACUCGCUGGCUGACGCUGCCGGGGGCGGCCCAGCGAGGUUAAUGAUGGUUCUCGGGCGGGAAGAUGGCCGUGGUUGA